AUGGGUCAAAAGCCAUCCGUGCCACGGCCAGGCACAAAGUUCCAAGUCAUCGGCGCCGGUCUCCCACGAACAGGCACCGCCUCAUUCAGCAGCGCCCUAGAAAUUCUCUGCGAUGGACCUGUUUUCCACUGCGGCACGCAAGCCACACUAGGUCCCACGGCGCAAAUCAAGCAAUGGAUGGAGAUUCUCCGUCGCUGGCUAGCUGGGAGCGAGUCAGAUCGGGAGAUCAUGUUUAAUGUUCUGCGCUCCCAACUAGACGGCUAUGCUGCCGUUACAGAUUCCCCCGGUGCCCAGUUUGUACCCGAGUUGAUCCAGUUAUACCCCGAUGCUAAGGUGAUAUGUACGAUUCGGGAUCCGGGGUCGUGGGAGACGAGUAUGGAUCAGGUCAGGAACGCGACGGUUCCUUGGUACCUCUCUUUGGUUUUGUUGCCGUUGCCCGGGUUAAUGUGGUUUAUUCCUUAUCUGCGGCUUCUGGCUGCGCAGUGGGAGAGGUUGUAUGGGGAGGCGAUUCCUACGAGGCAUACUUAUGAGCGUCAUAUCGCCUGGUUGAAGGAGGUGGUUCCUGAGGAUCGGUUGGUGUUUUUUGAAGUGAAGGAUGGUUGGAAGCCUUUGUGUGAGGCUUUGGGGAAAGAGAUUCCGAAGGAUCGACCGUUCCCGCAUAUCAAUGAUUCGGAUGCCAUUGAUGAAAUUUCGAAAACGCAUGUUCGACGUGGUCUUGCUCGAUGGGGUGUCAUCCUUGCGGUGGGUGCGGCCACUGUUGCUUGGAUACUGCGUCGUUAG